AUGUUCCUAGAGCCUGGCCAGGAGUGGAGCCCAAGUACCUCGUGGGUACCACCUCCUUUGGAUCGUCUCAACUGGUCAGACUGCUACGCCAUCGGGAACUUCGUCGCGGCCGCCGGUCUGGAGCAGAGAUUUGAUCGGAUACCUGUCAACACGACCGUCCCGUUCGCGAGGUCGCUCGUGCCCGCAGACUGGCCGGACUCGCCCCCGUCCCCAGCGACGCUCCUGAUCUGGGCCUGGAGCUGGCAGAACACAACCAGUCCCGAAAACGCCAUCACAGGGACGGCAUGGAGCAUGGCGCCCACUUGCAUUCAUCAGAUGAUGUUCACCUAUUAUCUGAUAGCCACAAUGGCGACCGCAUACCCUCUCAUACUGGGCUCGGCCGCGGUAGGACUGUUCAACAGAACCUCCCGGCUGGCUAGGAUCGUGGGCUGGUUCCGGGAGACCAUCAGCGGGUUUCUCGACGCCUCCCUCAUCUUCGCCGUGGCCCUCGUCGUCGCGGCAACGUACCGCUUCAGCUCGGCCCUGAGGUACCCGGAUCAGCUAGACAACGCCUUUUCCCCGUCGCUCUGGAACGCCAUCAUAGUGGCCCUCCUCUCGGUCUCUCCCCCGCUGAUACUGCAGUGCGCCAGCGGUGAUACGCUGCGGAGGAAGGGCCUCCGGCUCCUCCUGUGGUCUCUUGUGGUGGUGUUCACAACCACGUCGAGUAUCCUUUUUUUCUUCUGGUACAGAUCGUUGAAGUUUUCCGGGCUCCCUACUAGUACAAGGACUACAAGUAUCCAGUAUCUGUGGAAUCUCUGCACCAAGAAUCUUCCAAAGCGAGUUCACCAAAACCUGGGCUUCGUCGUUGCUGCGCAGACACAGUUGUUACUAAAUCUUAUCCUUUGGGCCUACACAAAACUAUCAAAAUCGGGUUCAGCGCCAGAUAGAAGAACGACUACGACGGGGUAUGGUGGGGUUCAGAAGACUCAGGCCAGGGCCAUAAACAGCCACGGGAGCCCCAGACUGAUGUCGGUCUUCCAGUUGAGAGCACUGCAGGCCUUCUCGGCACAACUGAUGAUGUGGCUAUUACUCGGCCGCCUCACGUCCCUCACGCUCAGCGACGGCGUGAACGCCGGAGACUCGUUCAAGAACGUGAAGUGGAGCGUGGGCCAGGUGCUGGGACUGGCCCAGUUCGUGCCAGUGGUUAUUGACCUGGUUGUGGCUGGUACAUAUGGGCCCAAGGCGGCGUGGGAGGAGAAGAUGUCAAAGCGGCUUUCAGUCGUUGACGCACCGCCCGCGUCUGGCGACAGUGGAGGAGGCGAUGCUACGAAUAAGCUUGCCAAGUCUACCACGAUGUAA